AUGUCCCGGUUCGUUGAUCCGCUGGUGGUGGGGCGGGUGAUCGGCGAGGUGGUGGACAUGUUCGUGCCGUCGGUGGCCAUGGCCGUGGCCUACGGCGCCAGGGACCUCAGCAACGGCUGCCACGUGAAGCCCUCCCUGGCCGCCGACCAGCCGCUCGUCCGCAUCUCCGGCCGCCGCAACGACCUCUACACCCUCGUGAUGACGGAUCCUGACGCGCCUAGCCCUAGCGAGCCCACCAUGAAGGAGUACCUCCACUGGAUAGUGGUUAACAUACCGGGUGGAACAGAUGCAACUAAAGGUGAGGUGGUGGUGCCGUACAUGGGGCCGCGGCCGCCGGUGGGCAUCCACCGCUACGUGCUGGUGCUGUUCGAGCAGAAGACGCGCUUCCCCUACGUCCCGGCGGCGUCGCCGGACGACCGCGCCUACUUCAACACCCGCGCCUUCGCCGCCAACCACGAGCUCGGCCUCCCCGUCGCCGUCGUCUACUUCAACUCCCAGAAGGAGCCGUCCGGACACCGCCGGCGUUGA